AUGGCGUCACAGACCUCUACACCGUCCCAACCGGCCGGCAAGGUCGACCUUUCUAAAAAGCUGUCCGAAUUACGAUCAAACAAUCGCAGACCUCAGACCAACUCCCGAGACCCGACACCACUCACUCCCCCCCUACCUUCGCCGCCAGAUCUUUCGGCCCACACAUACCGAAAACCAGCCCGCCGAAUUCUGUCACAUAAAGACCACGAACUCUUUCUCUCUUCUCCGAGCUAUAAGCUCGUUCUCGCAUUCGUCUUUGGGCUAUCUGACUCCGUGCGAGGCCAGUCGGUCACCGAUCUCCAGAAACAGUCCGAAUCCGAGUCCAUCACCAAGGUCCUUUCGGUCGUGAACCAGAUCCGGGCACUCUUGUCUAAAAAUCCUCCGAUUGAUCAAGGUGGCUCACGUUUCGGCAAUCCCGCCUUCCGUCAGCUCUGCGACGAUGUCAAAAGCCAGAGCGCAUCAUGGCACACCAAUAUCCUGGGGCUCAAAGACGGCGCGGCAACAGAGGAAGUUUCAACAUAUCUGAUUAACUGCCUAGGAUCCCAAGAGCGUAUUGAUUAUGGCUCCGGACACGAGCUUAACUUUAUGAUGUGGCUGCUAUGUCUGUAUCAGCUUGGCUUCCUCCCGAAGUCGGAUUUCCCCGCAGUGGUGGUCAAGGUUUACAUCGAAUACAUGCAUCUGAUGCGUGAGAUCCAGUCGGCAUACUACCUCGAGCCAGCUGGAUCACAUGGUGUCUGGGGCCUGGACGAUUACCAUUUCCUACCGUUCUUGUUUGGCGCUAGUCAACUCGUGGCCCACCCUUAUAUUACACCUCUGGGAAUUCACAACACGGCGACUCUGGAUGAGGAGGGAGAUAAUUAUCUCUAUCUAGACCAGGUCCGCUGGGUGGACAGUGUUAAGACGGUCAAGGGUCUGCGCUGGCACAGCCCCAUGUUGGAUGACAUUUCUGGCUCCAAAAAUUGGACCAAGGUUGAAAGUGGUAUGAAGAAGAUGUUUGUCAAGGAGGUGCUGGGUAAGCUUCCUAUCAUGCAGCACUUCUUGUUCGGAAGCCUCUUGUCUGCUGCCGAGGGCAUGAGUGAUCCAUCAGAAGGCGAGGUUGGUGAGCACGAUGGACAUGACCAUGCUGGCCAUGACCACCCUCACGACACUGCGGAUUGGUUUGGCGAUUGCUGUGGUAUCAAGGUACCCAGUACCGUGGCCGCGGGCGCGGAAAUGCGUAAGCGCAUGGGUGGAUCGAACUUACGCCCAAUCCCCUUUGACUAA